AUGGCGGCAGUGCAAGUGCUGCGGCGGGCGGGGGUCGCGGGGCUGUGGCGCGGCGGUCCGGGGGUGUGGGGGGCUGUCCCGGGGGGGUGCCGGUUCGUCCCGGGAGGGUGCCGGGCCGCCUCGGCCGCUCGGCCGCCCCCCGUGUCCCAGCGCAUCCAGGAGAAGCGCAGCGCCGCGCUGCUGGGCGGGGGCCAGGCCCGCAUCGACGCGCAGCACAAGCGGGGAAAGCUGACAGCAAGAGAACGAAUCCUGCUGCUGCUGGACCCUGACAGCUUUGAUGAAUAUGACAUGUUUGUGGAACACAGAUGUUCUGACUUUGGGAUGGACUCUGAUAAGAACAAGUAUCCUGGAGACAGUGUUGUAACUGGCCGUGGACGGAUUAAUGGGAGACUGGCUUAUGUUUUCAGUCAGGACUUCACUGUAUUUGGGGGCAGUUUGUCUGGAGCUCAUGCCCAGAAGAUCUGCAAGAUCAUGGAUCAAGCUGCCAUGGUUGGAGCACCUGUGAUUGGGCUGAAUGACUCUGGAGGAGCCCGAAUCCAGGAGGGAGUGGAGUCCUUGGCAGGCUAUGCAGAUAUAUUUUUGAGAAAUGUUCUGUGUUCUGGGGUCAUUCCACAGAUCUCCCUCAUAAUGGGUCCUUGUGCUGGUGGAGCUGUGUAUUCACCUGCUUUAACUGAUUUCACAUUCAUGGUGAAGGAUACAUCCUAUCUCUUCAUCACUGGCCCUGAUGUAGUUAAGUCUGUUACUAAUGAAGAUGUCACCCAAGAGCAGCUUGGGGGUGCGAAGACACACACUGCUGUAUCUGGAGUUGCACACAGAGCCUUUGAGAAUGACAUAGAUGCUUUACUUCAUCUCAGAGAAUUCUUUAAUUACUUACCUCUUAGCAACCAGGAUCCAGCACCCAUCUGUGAAUGCCAUGAUCCGAGGAGAGGUGCUCCAACACUCAAAUCAUCCCCGUGGCCUCUUCUGGAAUCAUUCCAACAGCUCCAGGAUCUUCUUGUCCCAGAACUGGACACAGUAGUCCAGGUGGGAUCUCAUGAGGGUCGAGUAGAGGGGCAAAAUCACCUCCCCUGACCUGGUGGCCAUGCUGCUUUUUCUGUAGCCCAGGACAGGGUUGCCUUUCUGG